GAGGCCGGGCCGGGUUGAUUAGCGCACGCGCGGGCCGCCAUCUUUCUCUCUGUGCUGGUGGCGCCGCACGCAGCCAUGGGGCACCAGCAGCUGUACUGGAGCCACCCCAGGAAGUUCGGGCAGGGAUCGCGGUCGUGCCGCGUGUGCUCCAACCGCCACGGCCUGAUCCGAAAGUACGGGCUGAACAUGUGCCGGCAGUGCUUCCGCCAGUACGCCAAGGACAUCGGCUUCAUCAAGCUGGACUGAGCGCUGGGAUCAUGAGGUCACCGCUGGAUCCUGCGUUCUCCUCGGCCCUCCCUGCAGCACCUCGGUGUAGCCUCUGUCAAUAAAUGGCCUCCCUGCCCUAUUAA